GUGAUUUUAAAACGCGAUUAGAGAGGAUAAUUGAUUUUGGGGAAUUAGGUGGAAUUAUACAAGAUUGGGUGGAAUUAAGAAGAAUAUAAUUUGUUCAGGCAAAAAUAAGAAGAGGCUGAAAAUAUGGGUGGAACCGAGUUGAAAGGUAUAUUACAGGGGGACAGGGGCAGGCAACCCUUGUUCUUUCAAAGAGUAACAAUUGUUUAAGCAAUUUUUUAUAUGUUUGUGGAGAUUUUGGAUCAUGAAAAGCUAUAUUUUUACUGUUCAGUUUUAGCUAUCAUAAAAAAGAGUGGGCAUAUAUACAAUAAUACAAAUAUAUAUCCAUCAAAAUAGUUGACGUCGAUAAGUCUGAAGUAAAACACACUGGCUACGAUGUUUACAAAUACAUCUUUCAAUUUUUUUUUUUUUUUCUAUCUCAUAUCUCCUUUUUUUUUUAUUUUCGCCAAUAUCUCAUAUCUCCUAAAAACAUCAACUACAACAUUUUUCCUGCAUAUAAAUUGGCAAUACGGAUUAAAAUAUAUGGGCAUAUGGCUCUAGCUCUUACCUUCUCAUACUCAACAUACCAUAAUAAUAGAUCAUGAUAGAUGAUUAUGAUGUUCAUGUAACGAUUUACAUUCUAAUUAUAUUCAUUCAUAUGUGCAUAUCUCUAUCUUUGGACACUUCUCUAAAUGGAAAAUCAAAUGAUGUAUUCCAUAACUUAAACACGAAACUUUCGAUGGGACUAAACCCCGGCAACCCAAAACUAUUUUGUACUCCUCUUUUAAUCGUAUAGAGAUAAUAAAUUACUUUGCACUGGGAUACCAUAAAUGAGAAUUAUGUGCUCCUUGUUUAUAGGAGACGGUAAACAUUAACCUUCAACAAGAAUCCUUGGUUAUUAUAAUACAAAAUGACUCUUUUUAAAACAUAUCUUUAGUGUGGAAUUCAAAUGUAAUGCAACAAUAGACUUUUUAAUUCGCCUGGUUGACGACGAAUGUUGUGUGUAUAUAAAUUCGAGUUUCUGCUUCAUCUCUUUGUACAAAGAAAAUAACCUUCUCUAAUCUAUCUAAUGACUUCAAUAGGGUUAUUUGAAGCAUUCAUAGCUCUACUUUGCUUUCUCAUCUUCUUUUACUUCCUUGUCAAGAAACCUUUCAGUUACUUACCCAUCAAGAAAACCCUUGGAAGCUGCCCUUGGAACUGGCCGGUUCUUGGAAUGCUUCCCGGUGGGCUCUUGAGGCUCCAGCGCAUCUAUGACUACAGUGUCGAGGUUCUUGAGAACUCCAACUUGACGUUUCAAUUCAAGGGUCCAUGGUUCGUUGGAAUGGAUGUAUUAGCCACAGUUGAUCCAGCUAAUAUUCAUCAUAUAAUGAGCUCAAACUUCUCAAAUUACAUCAAAGGUCCUAUUUUCCACGAAUUAUUUGAAGCUUACGGAGACUGGAUCAUCAACUCGGACUCUGAGCUAUGGAGGAAUUGGAGGAACGCAUCUCAGAUCAUAUUGAAUCAUCAAAGGUACCAAAACUUCUCAGCAAGUACCACGAAGAGUAAGCUCAAGGAUGGGCUUGUACCUCUUUUCAAUCACUUUGCAGAUGAAGAGAUGGUUGUGGACUUGCAAGAUGUGUUUCAGAGAUUCAUGUUCGAUAUAACCUUUGUUAUUAUAACAGGGUCUGAUCCUAGAAAUCUCUCCAUUGAAAUGCCAGAGGUUGAGUUUGCCAAAGCUCUUGAUGAUGUGGGAGAUGCGAUUGUGCAUAGGCAUAUUACACCAAGGUUCGUGUGGAAGCUACAAAAAUGGAUUGGUGUCGGAACAGAGAAGAAGAUGAUGGAAGCUCAUGCCACUCUUGAUCGUGUUUGUGAAAAACUUAUAGCAGCGAAGAAAGAAGAACUAAGUUCACAAGUGAUUACUCACAAUACCAAUGGAGAAAGUGAGGAUCUUUUGACAUCCUUCAUAAAGCUUGAUGCAACUAAGUAUGAGCUUUUAAACCCUAGUGAUGAUAAGUUCCUCAGAGACUUCACAAUAGGUUUCAUGGCCGCUGGAAGAGAUUCCACGGCCUCUGCACUCACUUGGUUCUUCUGGAAUUUGUCUGAAAACCCUAACGUCUUAACCAAGAUUCUCCAAGAGAUCAACACAUAUCUACCAAGAACCGGAAGUGAUGACCAAGACAAGUCAUCGUACUUGAACAAAUUGUUGUACUUACAUGGUGCAUUGAGUGAAUCAAUGAGGCUUUACCCACCAAUUCCAUUCGAACGCAAGUCUCCAAUCAAAGAAGAUGUGCUUCCAAGUGGACACAAAGUCAAAUCAAAUAUCAAUAUUAUGAUCCUUAUCUACGCUAUGGGACGAAUGAAAACCGUAUGGGGAGAAGACGCGAUGGAGUUCAAGCCCGAGAGAUGGAUUUCAGAGACAGGAAGGUUGAGACAUGAGCCUUCUUACAAAUUCUUAUCGUUCAAUGCAGGCCCAAGAACAUGUCUCGGUAAGAAUUUAGCUAUGAAUUUGAUGAAGACCGUGGUCGUGGAAAUAUUACAAAACUAUGAGAUUAAGGUCGUCAGUGGACAAAAGAUUGAGCCAAAAGUUGGUCACAUUCUUCACAUGAAGUAUGGGCGUAAAGUCACAAUGACUAAGAAAUGUUCCAGCUUUGAGUGAAAUUCUAAGUUGCUUUUAAUUUCUUUUCAAUAAAAACAUAAUUAUGCGAAUAAUAAAGACAAAUGGUAACUAAUUUGUGAUUGCUGGAA